AAUCGACCGAUUCUCUUGAAAUCCAGUUUAGUCUAGUUCAGCUCAGCUUAAAGAUCAAGAUAUUCAUCAAAACCGAUUGUUAGCUUAGAUUGUAGUUUGUGAUUAGAAAUUCACCAUCUUUCCAUCCAUAAAAAUUCAAGAAGGAAAGUUAGUCUAAAGAUAAUCGAUCUGAUUGUUAACUCAAACUAAAAUAUUAAACCAAUCCAUCAAAGGGCUUGAUUUUCUUUACACAGAUCAGAUUCAAAUUGGAUGUUCAGCUAAUCAAGUUUGAAAAAAAUUAAAAACAUUGAAAUCAAAAAAAAAACAUCAUCAAGAUACUAUUUAAGGUUUUUACACUUUUGCUAUUAACCAAUUCAGUUUGUAAUUUCGUUAUAUUUAUCAUUCAAAUCACUUUGAAACACAAUUACAAACACAAUCAACCUUUAAUCCUAUCUAUCUAAUCAUCUUCAUCUUCAUUUGUAUUUCCAUUGAAGAUGAACUCAUUCUUAAUCUUCUUCACUUUAAUCUCUUUCUCUUCAUCUGAUGCAUUUCCAAAUCAACCAUCCACCAAUCUUGAACCUCAUUCUUCAAUUCAAGUCGUCAGAAAACGUUCACAUCAAUAUUCAAAAAGAGAUCAUCAAGCUGUUGAACUUUAUGCAAUCCGUCAAGCUGAUGUUUUGUGUAAUAAAUAUCAUAUGAGUCCUGGUGAAACUCAUCCUACUGCUUCAAAUCGCAAACGUGAUUCAGCAAUCGUUCUCACCAACGGAUACGCUGAUUCUGAAUAUUACGGUGUGGUUCAAAUCGGUAAUCCACCUCAAAAAUUCAAUGUCAUCCUCGAUACCGGUUCAUCCGAUCUAUGGAUCACUGGCUCAGCUUCAUCUUCUUCCUCAUCUUCAUCAUCAUCUUCAUCAUCUUCAUCUGCUCGUAACAUGGGUGGUAUUGGAACUCCUGGAAUGACGUCAACUACGAGCGGUGCAACUUACACUUCAUCUGCCUCUAAUACAUUCAAAACAACCUCACAAUCCUUUCAAAUCACAUAUGGUUCUGGUUCUGCUGCUGGUUCAGUCGCUACUGAAACCAUUUCUCAAGGAUCUUAUACAGUCACAAAUCAAGCCUUUGCCAUCGUUAGCAAAGCUUCUUCUGGACUUUUAUCGGGUGACGUUUCUGGUAUCAUGGGAAUGGGUUUCACACCUCUGGCAUCUACUGGUCAAGCUCCGUUUUGGAAAUCAGCCAAUAUUCCUUCAUUCGGAUUUGGACUUUCUAGAUUUGUGAACAUCUCGUCUACAGAAGAUACCGAACCAGGUGGAAUCAUGACUCUCGGUGGUCCCAACACUACACUUUUUACUGGAUCGAUCAAUUAUGUACCACUCAAAGCUCAAACUUAUUGGUUAAUCGCUCUGGAUUCGGUUGCUAUCAAUGGCAUCACCGUUUCGAAUUCUCAAUCUAAUGCAGUGGCGAUUGAUACCGGUACCUCUCUUAUUGGUGCUCCUACAGCUGUUGUACAGAGUAUUUACGCUAAUAUCUCGGGUUCAACGCCGGCUACUGGAUCAUACCAGGGUUACUAUCAAUUUCCAUGCUCGGCAGCUCCUUCCUUAUCAUUAACCUUUGGUGGUAUCGCAUAUCCCAUUGCACCCGAUGAUUUCAACGUAGGCACAGUUGAUGAGAAUGGUAAGAUGUGUUUAGGAGCGAUCUUUGCAGUCGAACCAGCUACAACCGGAUCUACUACCAAUACACCAGCUUGGAUCAUUGGUGAUAGUUUCUUAAAGAAUGUGUAUACAGUCUUUAGAGCAUCACCUGAACCUGCAGCCGUUGGAUUUGCUACACCUGCAGCUGGCUAUCAAUCUUUACUUAGAAGUUCGGGUGAAGCUAGUGGUGCGAAUCUUGGAAGUGGAUCUGGAACUGUGACUAAUGCUAAAUCUAGUGGUCAUAUCCUUAGAGCUGGUCAAUCUAGUUGGUUAGGUUUAGGUGGAUUGAUGUUGGUGAUCUUAUUCAUUAACUUGGUGUGAAGAAGUUGAAGAGGAUCAAGGACAAUUGGAAUUUCAUGAUCAUUUGUGGUUUUAUUUUUCGAGAAACUUUUUUUUCUUAUUUCAAUGAAUUUUUAUUUUUGAUGAUUACAUUUUAAUAUCGUUCUUCUUUUUUCUUCUUCUUCUUUAUGAUCAUGUUACAUGUAUAUUGUGCUUUCAAUUGAAAGAAAAUCUUGAUUCUUAUUACAUUAUUUUUUUUUACUAUCAAACACAAAAAAACAAGAAAUUGACAUUUAUCUUUUUCCUUCAUCAUUUUUUUGUAUUUUUUUUAUCUCAAGGAAAGGGUGAUUGAAGAUCAUAAAAGAUUUUUUUGUUUGUAGCUUAUUUUUAUUUUUUUCUUCUUUAUUAAUUGGUGUAUGAUAUUAGUUAGAUUUUUUUAUUUUAUAAGCAAGAAAACGGUUUUGAUUUUGAGAAAGAUUAUGAAUUUAUUGAAUGGAUUUCAUGAGUUGAUCAUUGAAAAGUGAUACUUU